UCAUGACGUACCACCACCACAUUCGCCGCUACCAGCACAAACUCAUAAUUAGUAGAGGAAGGGUGAGCUGUAGCUGGGAUAUGGGAGUUUGGUCUACCAAGACGAAACCUUAUAAGGUGGUAACCAUAGUAGUUGGAGCUGUUCUGGUGACCGUCCUUAUGUGGGCCGACUGUACACCUGCUGCCCUGAGAGAGCUACUGCCUCAAGCAAUGAGACUAAUUGACAUGGCAGACAACAUUAUACCAGUGGGCAGAGCACAACUUGAUAAAGACAAAGACGUAGUAAACUCUGCAAAGGCAAUUGCAGCAGAAACACAGCCACUACCUUGCCUACAAGAACCAAAGGAGUCUUGCUCAGAGGGAGCCAACAUACUCCAAGUCAACUAUCGACGGAGGGUCGCCUUCAUUUUGUCCGAGGUCCAUCGUGAAAUGUUUCGUAUGAGAGGUACAACCACAACAGUAGAUACCAAGUGGGUACUAAAGCUUGGAGCACUGGUGAAGGAGCUGGCACCCUCAAUGACCAACAACUCCUCCUGGGACUACUCUGCCAGGAUCCCAGAUAUGGGUCCAGCACCUGUCCUCCCUAACAAGACUAGGCAUGUCUGCCCUGAGAUGUAUUUUGGUCCUAAGAUGGGUUUCUCCUUCCACCAGCACGGUAUGGAACCAGAGAACUGUACAUAUGUGCCGCCAUUCGCACGUGUUCUCACAGCUGUGCUACCAGCCAUGUCUUGGCCACCACAAACCAUUAAUUUUGUCAUCACCCAGAUCAGAAAAUGGUAUGACAUACCCAUUAUUGUUAUAAUUCCUAAAAGAGUUGUCGUAGAUCCAACACUAAGGGAUGUUAAAGCUUUGAAGAUCAAAAACGAGACCUUAAGUGGAGGUGACUUGCUCAACAAGGCGGUGGAGAUGGUAACAACACCGUAUGUGUUCAUGGGCACGUCACUAGCACACUUCAGCAACCAGUCGUCCCUGGAGCGGCUGGUAAGGGUCCUGGAUGAGCUGGAACAUGUGAAGGUGGCCGGGGGUGCUGCCAGGGACCUCCAAGGCCACUGGAUUCAUGGUUGUCUGCAGCAGCGCAUGGCAGACUACCAAGCCACCUACACCAUGGGUUACUAUUACUCUAAAUAUGAGUGUAUGUACUGUGAUGAUGUGUUGACGCCUUUUAUCACUACUGUCAAGCUGGUCAACAAAGUGGCCUUCACUAGCAGCCUCAGCGGCCCAGCCGUGUAUCGUGACUGGUUGGCCAAGGUACGUGAAGCGGGCCACUUAACCAUGGUGUGUCCUGACGUCAUGUUCUUCCUCACUAAUCACGUCAACAUGACCAGUGAAGACUGGCUGCCUAUGGCGCGUCACUGGGCUCUCGAGAAGGUCUUCUCUUACACCGGACAAGUCCAUAACUUCUCUUGUGAUGCUGUCAACAUAACCUGUAAACGUCCUCUCCGUACUAUAAGUUGCUUCCUUUUACCACCUUGUUGUAGAGCCAUCAUAUCACAAGAACUUGGUUACUUGAUUGAUUAUGCAAAACUGAUGAAUAUUGAAUAUGAACUUCAAGCAGGUUCAGCCUUGGGAGCUGUUAAAAUGGGGUUUUAUCUGCCUUGGGACUUUGAUCAUGAUCUUAUAAUGUCUCAGCAUGAAUACAUGAAAUGGCGGUCUAUCAAUGGUCCAUUUCUUAGACAACGAAAAUGCUACCUGAAUAUGAAUAUACAUGGUAGAUAUUUUACAAUUUAUUGUCCUUAUUUUUUCCUCGAGUUAAUCAAUCAUGCUAAUUACACAAGUAGAGAACUUUUACCCCUUGAAUACAGACACAUUCCAACAUCAAUUAUGUAUGCCGGCCGCUGGACCAUUGUCAGUUCCAACCCAGCACUUCACACAAGGAACAAACUAGGGAUUGAUUACCUUAAGCAUGCUGCCCACUGGAGAACUCUCAGGGUCACCAAUAUUGGAAAAGCAAAGGGAGGUUAUGAGAAUCCUGGAACUUGGAAUCGCUGUCGGGAGCCCAAACACCACUCCUGCCAAGACCGCUACCUAGGGGACGGCAACCUGCCCUUUGCCAGACCUUUCCUUCACCCAUAGCUGCACUUUAUUCUAUUGUAUUCUAUGUCCUCAGUAUUAGGGUGAUGUUUAUACAGUAUUUCAUAUUUUUUCAUAAUUUGUAUUAGUAUUUUCCAAAAGUUGUUGUGUUCUCUAAACUGUGAAGCGAGGAUUCAGCUGUCACAGAAUUUCAAAUAAAAAUUCACAGCAAA